CCAACAUCAAGUUGACGGUUUUGGCCCAAAAUGGCUGGAGAGAAACAGUUAUGAGGAUCGACGGUUUUACCAGGUAUUUACGAAAAAUGAGCCUGUCCGUGGCCUGAAGGUGCUUCCUCCCAUAACGGGGAUCCAGGGGGAGUGUGGAGAGGGGGGGACAGGACCUCAUCCCGGGCACCACCCAGAAAGAGGAGGAGCAGGGAGCAGCUGAGGAGGAGGGAUCAUCCAAUUGGUGGAUGCCUGGCCGUCCCCAUGCUGCCCUCCUGCUCAACCCUGACCUGUCUCCAGCGUAAACAGCAGAUCCUCACCUCUCACCUCUCCUGGCUUUACCUGAUAAUCUGUCUCUGUGGAUCACCCCUCACCCUUUUUUCUUCUCCGUCACCCUCAACCAUCACAUUCUCUUCACAAACAGGUUUUUGCGUUACCCUCUCGGCCUGAUCUCUGACCCCAGUCAGAUUAGAGUGGCCGGCGUUUCAAAUGCAGCAGCAGAUUGAGUAGCAUCUGUGACCUUCCUCUGCAUUUCUCUCCCUGCCCUGCUGUGAUGUACCCCUUUAGAACCACCACAAAGCCUGUUAGAUGGCCCUCACAGUCAGUUGGUAGCCAUCGAGUCCAUCACCUCAGAUGAAGAGCCUUCAGUUCCGGAGCAUUGCCCCCAAGGCCCCGGCCAUGGUGCCCUCCCCCUCACCUGCAGUCCUGUCCUGCCAGCCUCCCUCUGCCCUCCCAGAGGCCUCCACCGCCUCAAGCCCGAAGUCAAUUAUUGUGCCCGCCCAAAACUAUGCAUUGAUGCAAAUCGCAGGUCAGGAUGGCACCUUCUCUCUGGUGGCGCUGCCCCCUUCUGUCACCUCUCAAACACCACAGACACAACAGCAACAAACCCAGUCAGUUCAAAGGAAUCUCAAGUUGCCCAUUCCUAGAUACCAGCCAGCCAGGAGCAAGGGGACCCCAGAUAAAGUCAAAUCACCACCUCUUGCUGCCAGAAUGAAAACGCCCUCCAAAAUAUCUGUGGCAGCACAGACAUUGGCAAGUAGUUUAUCAAAGUGAUUAAGAAACAGGAGCCAGCACACAACCUUAGUGCCCAAAGAUGAGCCUUCAGAGCAGGUAAUCCUGAUUGACCCGGCCUCCUCAGACAUCUCUGUCACCGCUCUACUCCCAGACAAUGCUGUCCUGUACCCAGGUUCUCAGUUAGAGCGAGCGCCAGAUAGCUCCGAACAACCUGCUACAGCUGGCCUUACAAACCUACAGUACUCUCCUGCUGCUGUCAAGAGCUCACCAUGCAAAUCUCCUGAAGAAAGUAAGACUAUAGUAAGGCUUUGCCAAUCUAAACAGACUGCAGCACAGUCCCAGAGCAGUAUCACUGUCCUGUCCCCAGCCAUUUUUAGCAAAGCAGUCCAGAUUAUCCCGUCCCCACCGAAAGGUAAAUUGCCCAUUCUGCCCUACUCUAAAAUGAAGAGCACCCUUAUCCCAGCAGCUAAACUGAAUCUGUCCCCUGAGAAGAAGAGUUUCCCUUGCCAGACAGGGCUCCCCAGCCCUUUAGAUCCUCCAUCCAAGAUCAUCGAGAAAGCAGAGGCUUUAGGUCACAACCAGGUGCCAAACUCCACUCUGCAGCCCCAGAACAAGACCACACUCAUGCCUGUUUUGGGAACUCUCCAGAAACCAUCUGGCAAGAAGAGGGGAAGGAAAAGAAAGACAAUGGAAGACAUCUUGGCAUUUGAGGCAAGAAAGAACCGAUCCUUGUCUUUCUUUCGUAGAAGGGUCCAAGAGAAACCGCCAGCAGUUGUUUCAGGUUCUAAACAAAAAGAAGUUGAUAUUUCAAAGAAGUAUCGUAGCAUCCGACCCAAGCCCAUGUUGGUGAUGGAGACAGUUCCCCAACUGGUUAGUUUGCCUGCCAUCAAUCCAGACGGCCAAGAACAGGAGCUUGUACUCAGUCAUCAGCUCCCUGCCACCACCACAUCCAAGGCCCUGGACUGUCCUCAGCCAGCCCCAGUGACGCUACACCUGAGAGGCGCCACCCACCCCAGAGUGUUCAUCGGCAGCCGACCUAUUCACCGCUGCCCAACCUGCAGCCGCUGUUUCCAGUUCAAGCAUCACCUCCAGAGCCACAUGAACAGCCACACCAACAGUCGUCCAUAUGUGUGCCCAGUCUGCCUUAAAGCGUACGCUCACUCCGGCAGCCUGAGCACCCACAUGAAGCUUCACCACUCUGAGGUACGCACACGUCGGUCCCUGGGCUGUGAGUUCUGUGAGAAGGCCUUUGGAUAUGUAGGUUACUUCAGUCACCUGAGAGAGGUCCACAAAGUGGUGCUGACUGUGGAGCCCUCCAUCAGCCAGCAUGAGGAUGUGUCUGUGGAGGGGGCCAACUCGCUGGGACCAUCUGAAGAGCAGGAUCGUGAAGACCCCGUGGAGCUGCAGAUCAAAUGUGGUCGCUGCCAAGCCAUCACUCCUACGUUUGCCGACAUGAAGAUGCACUUGCUGUAUGUGCACGGCGAGGACGUCCAUGUUCAACUCCAAGAUGGCCAACCAGUGCGGGAUGGCCUUGUGGCUGAGAAUGAGCUUGUAAAGCACGCUGCACACUACUGGCGACAGCUCAACGAGAAGCGCAACCUGGUCAAGUGUGGUAACUGCGAUGAAGAGUUCUUCUCCUUCUCCAAGCUCAAGAGGCACAUCAUGUCUCACCACUGUGGGAGGGAGGGAGACAUUGGGUCUGUCCCAUCACCAGAGAGUGGCAGUGGCUUGGGGGUCCUUGCAGCAGGUACGUCCUUCAACUGCGUGCUUUGCAGCGAGGUGUUGGACACGAAAGAGGCGGUCAUGGCACACUGGAGGAGUCGCCACCACUGUGAGCAGCCUGGUCUGCUGUGGGAUGCCUUGAGCUCGUACUCAGGGCAGGAGGAGGCUGAGGCAAACAGAGACUUGGACACUCCUGCUUCAAGUCCGCACUAUCCAGCCUAACUGUUGGAUGGGCAGGGAGCCCCUUUCUGUGGGUCCUCGCCGUACACACUCAGAGUUAAUAUUUAGCAGCACAGGGAUGGAGAGUUUCCCUUAUGUAUUUUAGCACUUCUUCUUUCACUGAGUCAGGCUGUGGGCUCACUCCAAAAUAAAUUAAUUAAAAAAAGAGAGAUCAAGCCACAGGUGAAAAAGAUCAAUGUGUUACAAUGAAUAAGGGAGAGUCUCUCUAGGUCACAGAUUACAAUUUUAUAAACAAUAUUUUUUUUCACAUGUUUUAAUUGCACUGUUCUUUUUUGUUUUUGUUUGAAGGUGAGUAUUUAAUGUCCAGUCGUUUUUUUCUACUACUUAUUUAAUGUUAUUAAAAGGUUAAUUUAUAACCACGCUGACGCAUUAGAACUUUGGGUCAUGUCACUCUGAUCUCUUGUGGUAUGUAGCCAUGCAGAAAAUAUGAUUGUAUAUGCUUCUUUUUGUCAGGGGCGGGAUAUUUUUGCCUCCACUCCAUUGAAUAUUUACGACAAAAAAAAAAACAGGGCGAUAGGCUGAAUAUGAAAUGGAGUUUUUGCAAGUCAGGGUCAACAAGGUAAAGCAGGUUUGAACAAAUUUGAAAUUCCAUGCAGUUUAAUUAAGAGAGUAAUUUUAAAAUGUAUUUGUUUAUUGCAUGAGCACAACAAACAAAAUUCUGUUCACCAUGUUUUUGCUUUACAGGUUGAGGCAGCAAUCUCAAAGACACCUUCUUGAUUGAAAUGAAUGAAUCUGCGUGGCUUGAUACCACAGUGAGAAAGAAAGAAAAUACUGUUUUAGUUUGGGUGUGCUGGCCUUUAAAGAUACUGAAAAAUGUAAAGCUAUCAACAUGGGUACACUGCUACUGUCGCACUGGGAGUCAAUCAAGGAUCAGCCGGGGAUUAUUACAGGUAAAAUUAAAUUGGCAUUCAAACCCAAUCCUGUUAUGUAGUUUUGCUCCUUUAAUCAAAAGUUCUGACUUGAACUCUCACAGUGUGAUUAAAGGAAGUUUCAGGGUCCUCUGCCAACCUGGACCCAUGAAGGAACACUUUUCUUACCAGCACCUAAGUGACAUCCUCGUGGCCUUCUGAAAAAAAUCUGUGUUUAUGCGUAAUGUGGCUUAUCGUCGGUGCAGUCCUCUGUAGGCCAGGUUCUAUCUCUUUGACUUAUUAAGUAAUGCCUAUGCGUGUAUUCUGUGGUAUGCCAAGGGUCUAUUCACACUAGUGAUUGUAGAAGUGAAUUUUGCAUUCAAGCUUUCUAACCACUGACAGAAUACUUUUUGUUGACUUAGUAAAGAUGCAAAGGAAAACAUGGUAUCGCAUACCUGUUAUUGCCAGCUCAUGUGCUCACCUGUGGAGUAGUGGCAUCCAGACUCUAUUAUUAGAGUUAAUUUAAACUGUUGUCAAGUCCAGAAAAAUAUGCUAUUUUCUACUCUAGAUUAAUACAGAGGUCUUUUAGUAUAUUUAUGCUUGUUGUUGGUACAUAAAGAACCAGCUCUGAGACAUUUGUGUUUGCUUCUUCUAACUUUGGGGGUUGCUAAAUGUCUUGUUUCUCAGUUGGGAGAUCACUUCUUCAAAGCAGGAGCUCUGCUAACAUUUGUCUGUGUUUAUAUUUCGUAUGAAGAAAAAAAAAAACAACAGGGUCAAGUGAAUGUACCUGAAUGUUUAAAAAACCCUACCAAAAGUAUAUAUAUGCUAUAUAGACUUAUUCCAUAGAUAGAAUAUAUAGAUAUAUGGAGAAAAAUAUAUAUAUAUUUACAUAUAGUUAACUAGUGAAUCAGCUGCUUCGUUAUGUCACAGUGGAGGUUGGAAUCGAGAUAACUAUAUCAUUGCCAAACUGGCAACAAAAGCCAUGCAGAGCUGUCCUUAUGUGUCUGACACAAAAUACAGGAUUGUGAAUAAAGGUCAAAGCACUGAUGUGUACACGUGGCACUGAGUGGGUAAUCUAGUUUACUACUGUUCAUCGAAAAAGAUGUUGAGUGUUCAUCAGUGACUUUCCUUUGUUUCAAGCCUUCAUAACAAACCAGGAAGUGACAGAAUAAGGGUCAGACUCUUUUUUUCCUCAGAUAAUAAAACAUACGUUACUGUCAGCACAAGUCGGGAGAUAAAAAAUCCCACAUUGGUGAUAUAAUGCGUUUUGCUCACUUGUUUGACUGUGUCCAAAAAAAAAAGACUGAAAUGUUUGUGCUUGUGACUGUUUGUGUUCCCGAAGAACCUGAUGUUUAUGAGAAUAAAGAUAUGCUUUGUUGAGAA